AUUUGCAGUACUAUUAGGCAGAGCUAUCAGUUUUUCAUCUCAUUAGUAAGGCAUUCAAAAUAAAUAAAAGUGUUUAACAAGUGAAUUAUAGCAUUUGCGGAUAUUAUAUUUGUGAUAUAUAAAGGAAAAGAAUUGAUAGAGCCAGUAAACAUUAAUUAAAGUGAUUUCAAUAAGGAAAAAAAAACAUACAUCGGAAGAAAAUUCUUGAAUUUCAAUAUUCUCAGAUAGGGAAGAAAGGGAAUGUUUAAUGGCAAUCAGCAAUAUUCGAACAAGUGUCGCUUAUGGCCGAAUCUGUUAAUAAAAAGUUGCUCUCUGCAUUGACGGAGGGGCAUGAAAAAGAAUUAAGAUCAUCGGCAAGAAAAAUUAGUAAAACAUCAAACACAUCAGCUACUGGAAGUGCAAAUAAAAAUACAACAAAGUCAACAAAAAUACAGAAGAAUACAGUCAACGAUUCCGGCAGUGGCAAACAGAAUAAUAGUUUGAGAUCUGAAUCAUCGAGAUCUCCAACAAUAAACAGUAAUCGAACACCACGAAAGCGACUCUUGAACAUUUUAUUAAACUCAAAUAGUACAACAGAAGAAGAUACUGAAGAAGAAGUUUUACCUUCAGUCUCUGGAAAUAGACGAACAAAACGACGUCGACGAAAUUUCUCAAGUUCUACGUCAUCAUCCUAUACAUCUUCAUCAUUAACAACAAAUUCAAAUAAUACAGGCAGUGUGUCAGCAGCUCAAAAGCAACAAGCUUCCUCGGUCGAUCAGGAUUUAAUAGCUUUUCGUACUCGCUCAAGAACACACUCAGUUGAGCACUUAGAAAUUGAAAGUCCAUCAAGAGCCAAUAAUAGCUUAGAUAGUAGCAAGCUCAAACAGUCUGCUGGUCGUUAUUCGUCAUCAAAACAACAACAGCAACAGAAAGUAAAUAGUGAUAAAGACGUGUGUGAAGAGAAUUCUCAUUUAAGUAGUAGUGAUAAAGUCGUAACUAAUAAUAAUAAAAAGACAAUAUCUGAAUCAGUGAAUAAUAUUAAUAAUAGAAAGUCAAAGGAACAAUCAAGUAAUUAUCAAAACACUACAAAUAAUAAUCUAAAUAAAAGUAACAGUGCAAGUGCAAGUGCUGAUAAUCGUCAGUCACAGCAAAAAGCUUCCAGAAAGUUGCGGUCACACAAAGUUGAUACGACAGUAGGAAAGGAAAAGCAAUCUGUACCAAAACAUAAUUUACGUCGUAAAGCAUCAUCGCCUGGUGUCACACCAAAGAAACGUCAGCGAAUAACUGAUAUUAAUAAUCGGAGCACGGCUGAGCGAAAUACAGGAUUAGAUAAUAGUAAAGUAGACUCGACUAACUCAAAGACACCCUUGAAUCUGGGGGCACGACUAGCAAGAGGUAGGGAGCCCCAUACUUUCGAUCAAGAAUUGUUACAGCCAUCCACAAGUAAUCAACAACAAAAUUUGGGGCACCCACCAACAUCGUCACAUAAUCUUAGACGAAGCUCUCGUGGAAAAUCUUCAACAACGGGUUCUUGUGUUUCAUCGUCAGCUUCCACUAAUACUGUAGCAUCGAAUCCGAGAAACGGAGGAAAGAAUAAUAAGCAUCAGUUAACAAGUGGAAGCGACAACGCAAGUACUUCCCAAAGUAUUCCGACAAUGGCAAAUAAUGAUGGCUCACAGUCGCAACAGCAACAACAGACAUCAUCGUCAGCUCCAACAUUCUUAUUCUUUCAUAAGGCAAGUGGAGCAAAUAGCAAUACAAAUGAAGCUACAACAAUUUAUGUUCCUACUCCAUCGACAUCAUCGACUGUAAAUCCAUUGACAAAUAAUUUGACUGCAGGAACGUCUACAAGUGCACAGGCACAACAGCCAGGAACGUCAGGAACGCUUCAUCCAGAUUCAGAAAGUGAUGAUAGUGAAGUAGGAAGACUACAAGCAUUAUUAGAGGCCAGAGGAUUACCUCCUCAAUUAUUUUCAGCUCUUGGACCACGAAUGCAUCAUCUUUUACAUCGUACAAUGGGAACUAAUAGUACGUCGAAAGCUCAGCAGUUAUUACAAGGAUUACAGUGCAAUGAUGAAAGUCAACAAUUGCAAGCAGCAAUUGAAAUGUGUGAAAUGUUAGUUAUGGGAAAUGAAGAUACAUUAGCAGGAUUUCCAAUUAAACAAGCAGUUCCAGCUCUCAUUACUCUCGUUCGUAUGGAACAUAAUUUUGAUAUGAUGAAUCAUGCUUGUCGUGCAUUUGCUUACAUGCUAGAAGCUCUUCCUCGUUCGUCUGGAACUGUUGUUGAAGCCAUUCCUGCUUUACUCGAGAAAUUACAAACAAUUCAGUGUAUGGAUGUGGCUGAACAGAGUCUUACAGCAUUAGAAAUAUUAUCGAAACGUCAUAAUAAAGCGAUAUUACAAGCAAAUGGCAUAUCAGCUUGUCUUACCUUCCUGGAAUUUUUCUCGACGAAUGCACAACAUGCUGCUUUAGCAAUCACAGCAAAUUGUUGUCUCAAUUUACAUACUGAAGAAUUUCAAUUUGUUAAAGAUUCAUUACCGCUAUUAGCACGUUUAUUGUCACAACACGAUAAGAAGAGUGUCGAACGCAUUUGUAAUGCAUUCUAUCGGCUCAUUGAUAGUUUCCAACAUGAAUCAGUGAUUUUACAAGAAAUUGCCAGCAUGGAAUUGCUUAAAAAUUGUCAACAAUUGCUCGUUGUUACACCGCCAGUUCUUAAUACUGUAACUUUUACAAAUGUCGUCCGAAUGAUGAGCGUUAUGUGUGCCAAUUGUCCUGAUUUGGCGAUUACGUUGCUCAAAAAUGACAUUGCAUCGACUCUUUUAUAUUUACUAACGAACUCAGCAACGCGCAAAAAUGGUGAAGUUGAUUUAGUUCAACGAAGUCCAUCGGAAUUGUACGAAAUUACAUGCUUAAUUGGAGAAUUAAUGCCUCGAUUACCAACUGACGGCUUAUUUUGUGUUGAUACUCUCCUUGAACGUUCGAGUAAUGCCACACAAGAUGCAAUUCAAUGGCAAUGGCGUGAUGAAAAAGGUGUUUGGCGACCAUAUUCAUCUAUUGAUUCGAGAAUCAUUGAAGCUGCACACCAAAAUUCUGAUGAAGAAAUCAGUUUGUCUACAAUGGGACGUACUUAUACAAUAGAUUUUCAUGCGAUGCAACAGAUUAAUGAAGAUAGUGGAACAACACGUGCUGUACAAAGAAAAAUCAAUACACAUUUAGAGCAGCAACAAAUGAUGAUUUCGAGUGCCUCAAAUGGUGGAAUGGAUAAUGAAGGAUUCUCUGGAAUGAUGAAUUUAUCAACAAGACCACCAAAUGCAAUACGUGACGCUAGAAUUGCUUGUUUAAAGGAAGAACGUGGACUUGCAGCUGAAUUUAUUAAGAAUUUAUUCUCUGUACUCUAUGAAGUUUAUAGCUCAUCGGCUGGUCCUUCUGUACGCUACAAGUGUUUAAGAGCAUUACUUCGUAUGGUUUACUUUGCUAAUGCCGAUUUAUUAAAGGAUGUUUUAAAGAAUCAACUCGUUUCAUCACACAUUGCUGGAAUGAUGGCAUCAAAUGAUCUCAGAAUUGUUGUUGGAGCUUUACAAAUGGCUGAAAUAUUAAUGCAAAAAUUACCCGAUGUUUUUGGCGUUCAUUUUCGACGUGAAGGUGUUUUACAUCAAAUUAAUCAGCUUGCUGAUCCAUUAUUUCCAAUUUGUUCUGCUCCAUCACCAAAAUCGAAUAAUGUAGCAAAUAGUGCCCCGGCAAGUGCAAAUAUUACAACUCCAAUGCCUCAAUUUGAUUUCGAUAAUGUUGCGUCAACAUCAAAGGGCAUUAAUUCAACUAGUUCAUCUCAUGUUAAGAAUUUGAGUGCAUCAUUGAAUGCUACAAAAGCAAUGACCAUGUCGAUGCCAUCAACAAGUGCAUCAUUAUUACAGUCUGCUCAAAUAGUUGGAACGCCACAGGGUUCGUUUGCAAUUAAUCUUAAUACAGCAUCGUCUAGCAAUAAAUUGAUGCCUACAAGUACAAUAGAUUCACUUGGAUGUUCACAAGCUGCAUCAUCAUCCACAACACCAUCAAAUGGCAAUUUAUUAAUGAAUGCUAUUUAUCAUAUACCUGAGCCUGGUUCGCUUAGAAAUUAUCACAGCUAUCAUCCAGGACUACACGGAGGUAAUAUAUAUUCAACCACUAUUCAGCAGCCAAAUAAUAUCUUCCAAACAGUCGUUGCAUCAGCUCCGCCCUCGGUACAUCAUCAUCACCACCAUCAUCAUCAUACUGAUCCUAGUCUAGUUCCGUCUUAUGCACCAAUUGAACCUCCAUUAGCCAAUAAUGAUCGCAGUGGAAGCUCUGGAAGUAAAGUAUCUGAUAUUUUGAAAAGAAAAGUUCCGCCCAAACGAAAGUCUCAACAGAAUAACAAGUCAAAGAAUCGUAAUGAUGAACAGGCACAAAAUAAUACUGCAGUUGCAAUUCCAACGGCUGGAUCAUCAUCAAAUGUUGUACAAGAUUUUAUCAAUAAAGCAAGUAAUUUGGGAACAACAGGUGGACGAAAUACACCAUCAACAAGUUCCUCGUCGUCACGUUCGAGGUUUUCAGGUGCAUCUUCAAAGACUUCAUCGUUUUUGGCAUCUCUUAAUCCCGUUCGUUGGGGACGUACUUCAUCCCAUUCAACAUUCAGUGGAUCAAGCAGCUCGAGUAAAGAUAAUGGCAAUAAUUUAAAUAAGAGUGCAUCAAAUUCAAAUCUAAUUGCUGCUGGAAAUCGUGAAAAGGCUCGUCAAUGGAUUCGUGACCAAUCCAUUUCAUUUGCAAAGAGAUAUUCCGAUCAUGAAUCGUCUAGUACACAUCCAGCAUUGUCUAUUUUGGCUCGCUUAACUGCUGCCAUACAGAAACUUGAUGGAUCUUACGAUAAUUGCUUAAAAGCAUUGGAAGAAUUGAGAAAUAUUCUAAUUGAAAGCGAUAUUUCGCCGUUUGAAGUUAAUCAUAGUGGAUUAAUUAAAGCAAUGCUUAAUUUCAUGACCAAUGAAAAUGGAAAUGUUUCUCGAAAUGAUCGUUUACGCUUAUUCCUGUUUGUUUUCGCAAACACGCCAUUAGAUGGAAAUCACAGUGGUUUAGUCAACGUUAAUCCCUCAGCAUUUAGCUCUUUUGUUUUGAAAUUAAAUGGAUGUGUCACGCAGUUGGAACAAUUUCCAGUCAAAGUGCACGAUUUUCCAACAGGCUCCGGCAGUGGACGAUCGAAUACAAGUGCUCUUAAAUUUUUCAACACUCAUCAAUUGAAGUGUAACCUACAAAGACAUCCAGACUGUACAAAUCUCCGGCAGUGGAAAGGUGGGGCUGUAAAGAUAGAUCCCUUAGCAUUAGUGCAAGCGAUUGAACGUUAUCUCGUAGUUCGUGGAUAUGGUGGAAUUCGCACUGACUCAGAAGAAGAUUCUGAGGAAGAUAUUGACAAUAUUGAUACUGCUGCUAUGAUUAGCAUGGGUGGAACGAAGCAUAAGCUGCAAUUUUUAAUUGGUGAUCAUGUUUUGCCAUACACAAUGACAGUUUAUCAAGCUAUACGACAAUAUUCUCCAUUGGUCAACGAUCAAUCUGAGACAGACACUGAUACAGAAACGCCAAUUGGAAAUGCGAGUAUCUGGAUUCAACAGCACACAAUUUACUAUCGUCCAGUUGAGGAUAAUUCAAAUGCUAAUGCUAAUAAGGCAGGAAGUUGUAGUAUUCAGUCAACAACCACAACAUUUACGUCAUCACGUAAAAAUAGCAAGAAUUCUGUUGUCAAACUUCAGCAGAAUCGUCGUAAACCUGAAUUUUGGAUUGACGGGUCAGUUCCUGCAAUUUUAUCGCCAUUAACUUCAUUCUUGUUGCCAAAACUACCCGACUUGGAAACUGUUGAGGAUGCAUCAAUUGAAGUAUUGGCUCUUUUGAGAAUCCUUAACGGACUUAAUCGUCAUUGGGCAACACUCUAUUAUUCCGUUCCUCAAUCUCAUAUAAUCGCUCAGUCUGAAUUCAUUCAUUCUAAGAUUGCAGCAAAAGCUAGUCGUCAACUACAAGAUCCAUUAGUGAUAAUGACUGGGAACUUGCCGACAUGGUUACAGGAGAUUGCUACAUCAUGUCCAUUCCUCUUUCCAUUCGAAACACGCCAUUUACUGUUUUAUGCAAUAUCAUUUGACCGUGAUAGAGCUUUACAGCGACUGAUAGACACAACGCCAGACCUUAAUUCUGCCGACACAUCUGAACGAGUCACUCCAAGAUUAGAUCGAAGAAAACGUGCCAUUUCUCGUGAGGAUAUCCUCAAGCAGGCAGAAGUAAUCAUUCAAGAUUUCGGACAUUCAAAGGCAUUGCUAGAGAUUCAAUAUGAGAACGAAGUGGGAACUGGAUUAGGUCCAACAUUAGAAUUUUAUGCGCUAGUCUCGACAGAAUUGCAACGACGAGAUUUAGGAUUAUGGAAUGACAAUAAUGACACAUACAAGCAUCAACAGUCGGAUGUAGUAAAGUCACCAUCAAAUCAAGUAGCUGAUGUAUCUGACACACAAAUCAUGUACAUUCAUCAACACACAGCAUCGUUGAAUACGUUGGAAAGUGAUAUGCGAGGAAAUAAUAAUAGUGAUAACAUUGUGAUGAAUAAUAAUCAAAUAAAUAUGCAAAUUGAGCAGCAUCAUGAGACAGGUGAAUCGGAAAUUCUGCAAAUAACUCGACAGCCUUCCGGAUCAGUGAUUAAGCAUGAGAUUGUUCAAUAUGUGAAUGCGUCUCACGGGCUAUUCCCGAUAUCGUUAAGUAAAACUGCAAAGACGUCUCAAAUCUCAAGAUUGAAGUUUAAAUUCAAGUUCUUGGGCAAAUUUAUGGCUAAAGCUGUGAUGGAUAGCAGAAUGCUGGAUCUUCCAUUAUCGACACCAUUUUAUCGCUGGAUUCUUGGAGAGGAAAAUUCUCUGAGCUUGGCUGAUUUGAAUCAAGUAGCACCAGAAGUUCAAGGAACAUUAUUACGAUUGAAUGAAAUUGUCAAGAGACGAGAAAUUAUCCAAUCAGACCCAACACUGGACGUUAUGGAAAAGACUGAAAAGAUUGAAGCAUUAGAUCUAGAUGGAUGCUUAAUAGCUGAUCUCGGACUAGAUUUCGUAUUACCUGGCUAUCAAAAUGUUGAGUUACGACGUGGAGGACGCGAUAUUCCUGUAACAAUUCACAAUUUGCACCAAUACAUAUCUCUAGUUACUCAUUGGUUCUUAGUAGAAGGUGUAUCCCGUCAAUUUGAAUCGUUUAGAGAAGGAUUUAAUUCCGUGUUUCCAGUCCAUCAUUUGAGGAUAUUUUAUCCAGAGGAGUUGGAAAAUGUAUUCUGUGGAUCAGGAACUGCAAACUUCCAGAAAUGGGACGCAAAAAUGCUGGGAGACUGCUGUAGAGCAGAUCAUGGCUUCACACAAGACUCACUUGCCAUUCAAUACUUUUACGAUAUUCUCAGUCAAUAUAAUCGUGAUGAACAAAGACUCUUCUUGCAGUUUGUAACUGGAACUCCUCGAUUACCGACGGGUGGAUUUAAAUCAUUAACACCACCGCUAACGGUUGUUCGUAAAAAGGUUGAUGGAAAUCAAAGUCCAGAUGAAUAUUUGCCAUCUGUCAUGACAUGUGUAAAUUAUUUGAAAAUUCCUGAAUAUUCCUCGCGUGAGGUGAUGAAAGAAAAGUUACAUAUUGCCGCAUCCGAAGGAAGCAUGAGUUUUCAUCUUUCAUAAAACACUAUUAGAAUUCAUAAUAAUAGUAUAUUUAAACAUAUUGAUAUAAUCCAAAUCCGAAAUCUUAUUAAGUAGUAGCUUUGAAAAAGUAAUAAAACAUUAUCAACUUGGACAUUUUUCUCUCAUUUAACGCGUAAUCGGAACUGAUGAGGUUUUUUUUUCGUAUGGAUAUGAGAAAAAGACAUCACUUGAUAAGCCUUCGAAAGCAGAUCCACAAGAGUAAAUAAUUGUGUGUAUAUGUGACUGCACAUGAAUGCCAAAGGCUCAAUGAUAUAAAUUACUGGUUUUUUUACACAAAAAUGUUUGGUUUUUUGGUCAAGUGACGUGUGACUAUGUUUUGGACAUUGUCGGUAACUCUAAAGAGAACUUUAAGUUUAAAUUUAAUUGAAAUAUAUUUUGAUAAGAGUAUUUUUAUGAUUUGUCUUUGAACUUAAGAUGAUUUAUUAUGUGCAAAUAAGAAUUAUGGGAUAUUAAUGAUAAUGAUUGUGUGAUUUGUAAUAAUGUUCAGCAGUUCCCCCCGCCCAUAAGUAAGCAACUCACAAUAUAAUUAUUAUCAAAUAGAACAUAAUGUAAUCAAUCAAGUAAAGAAUAAACAAUAACCAUUUGAAAAUUUAUCCCUUAAAAUAUCUUGUUAUUUGUGUUCCUCAAAUACUUUUCAGACCUCAUCAUCGUGCCUAUUAUUGAGAUAGCAACACAAAUGUCGUUUUCUUUACAGCAUACACAUAUAUAUUAUUUUUACUAUUUAUUUUCGGAAUAAACAAAAAUGCAUACAUUAUCAUGUCACACUGGACUCUAAUUUAAAAA